AGUUUCUUCUUGAAUUGAUGCAAACUGCUGAGUUUUAUUUUCUGCUUAAUCAAUUGCUUAGUACAAUACAUCCCAUAUUACAUGAUAAUUUGGUUACAUUAUGUAGAAUCAUUCGCUUGGAAGACAAUCACGUAUGGAUGAGUUUUUUGAGCACACUCAUACUCGCAAAGAGGAUAGGACUCAAUGGGUUGAUGAACACUCCCGAAAGACAAAGGAUAUAUUUCAAGAGCGUAUGUUUCAGGCUGACCAAGAGCGGCAGGCUGCUAUAGAGGCUGGUGUAAUUGAUCCACCGCCUGUCUCUGAGGAAAGCAUAUGGAUUGAGACAGUGGGUGGAAAACGAAGAGGUAGGGUAUAUGGCAUGGGUGAGGUAAGGGACUCUUCCAUGGUGCGGCCUCGAGUUGAUGGGCCAACCACGACCACCAGCGCUGAUGUUUUGGAUCUUAGAGAACGAAUCAUAAUACUCAAUAGGGAAGUUGAACAAUAUGCCGCUAAAUAUAGAGAGCUUGAAGACCGCUACCAAAGGGAGAAAAGAGAGUGGCAACAGACUGUUGAAUCCUUGCGUGAGGAUCUCAACAUCAGUAACUCACAGAUGGAUCAAUUUAGUCAUCAGUUGAGCAGUUUGACUGAGUAUGUGAGAGCCAUGGGUCCUAGUAGUUCUGGAUCACGUGUUCCCCCACCUCCUCCUUUUACUUUCCCAAGCUCUCAGAAAAGCACAGCCCCAGCCCCAGUCCCAACCCCAACCCCAGGUAGAAAACUUCCACCUAUUCUGCAGCGACCAGGACAACCACAGAGUUCUCAAAGGGAGGAUGAUUCUAACGACGAUUUUGAUGACUCAGAUGAUUAUUUAGACGAGUAUGAGUAG